AUGUCGAAGAGAAGAGGUUUAAGCUUCGAAGAGAAGCGGUCUAGGAUGCUGGAAUUAUUUUACGAAACGAAAAACUUCUAUCAACUAAAGGAAUUGGAAAAAAUUGCACAGAAACAGAAAGGAAUCACUUCGAUGUCAGUAAAGGACGUCUUGCAAUCUUUAGUUGAUGAUGCAAUGGUAGAACAAGAUAAGAUUGGAACUUCAAAUUAUUUUUGGUCAUUCCCAAGUAAAGCAACUAAUCAGCGCAAAAGGAAACUGGAGACUUUGAAAUCGCAAAUAAGUGAAUGCGAAAUGAAAAAGAAAAAGUUGCAACAAAGCAAAGAUGAUCACGCUAACUGCAGGAAGGAUACAGAUAAACGUAAAACGUUAUUGGAAAAAAUUGAAGAAUUAAGCUCUAGGAGGGACUCUUUAACAGUAGAGUUACGCCAAUAUCAAGGUUGUGACCCUGAACUUGUGGAAGAAGCUAAACUUUUGAAAAAAGUCUCCUUGGAAGCUGCUAAUCGAUGGACAGAUAAUAUAUUUUCUAUUAAAUCUUGGUGUCGCAACAAGUUUUGCUUCGAAGAUAAGGUGAUCGAUAAGCAAUUUGGUAUUCCUGAAGAUUUUGAUUACGUCGAGUAA